AUGGUCCAGGAAUGGAGCAGCAGCUGGCAGGCAGUUGUGGUCAGCCUGGAGCAGCGAGCAGAUCGGCGCCGUCGUGUCGCUGCCCUCUUGGAGCCAUACCCGUGGCUGUUGGAGAGACUGCGCUGGCUGCCGGCGGUAUGCGGGCAGAGUCUCGCUCCAGAGCGGCUGGUACCUCAUCUCUUGAGCAACGUCCACAGCGAAGAACAGGAGGUAAAGCCGCGUUACGAGAUGCUCGAAGGCACGUCUACAUGCUGGAAUCACGACUGGCUCCACAUGACGCCCGGUGCUGUCGGCUGCGCUCUGUCACACCGUGUCCUCUGGGAGUCAUUCCCACAGCAUGCGGCGGCCUGCGACCAGGACUGGCUCCUAGUGCUGGAGGAUGACUUGCUCUGGGUGGCCUCCGACCUGGAACAGCGCUUGGGAGAGGUUCUGCGCCAACUUCCGGAGGCCUGGCACCUUUGCUACCUCGGCUGGCAUGGACAAGGGGUGAUUCACCUGGCUCUGGGCGACACAGGACCUUUGACCACCGUGGGGCCAUUGGAGCCCUGGUCCGGCGAAGCCCCGCUGGGCACCUUUGCGUACCUCGUAUCCCGCGCUGGAGCAAAAGUGCUCCUCGAAGCUGGCUCUGCCUUCCCGCUUCGGCGUCAGCUUGAUGCGCAGCUAAGCCAGCUGUGCGCCGACGGAAGCUUACGCCGGUGCCUAUCGCUGCUCUGA